GAAUUUUGUCUCUCCUCCUCUCUUCCAUCCUCUCUUCUCUAUUUAUCUCUCUUUCUCCCAUUUUUAAAAGGGAAGGGGAUUAUACAAACCCUAUAAAGAAAAGCGUUUAAAUUAUUCAAAAUCUUUAAAAUUUGUGGGUGCGGUUUUCCUUAUAUAAUUUUUAAUUUUUCAUCACCCUGUUUGUGUUUGAUGUGUGGGCAUGGCAGGUCUUGAUCUAGGCACUGCUUUUCGCUAUGUGAACCAUCAACAACUCCUUCGCCCCGAUCUCCACCUUCAACACCACCAAUCCUCCUCCGAAGAUGCCGGAGCCGCCAACUUUUCCGGCGACAACCAACACGGCGGAGGCGGAGCCUCUCACCAUCACCAGGGCAGCAACAUCGAUCUCGUCUCCGCCGACACCAGCUCCGGAGGAGGCGGAGGCGGAGACGCGGUGGGCCGGCGGCCACGUGGCAGGCCUCCUGGCUCGAAGAACAAGGCGAAGCCGCCGGUGAUAAUUACGCGGGAGAGCGCCAACACUCUGAGGGCUCACAUUCUCGAAGUCAACAACGGCUGUGACGUCUUCGACUGCGUCGCCACCUACGCGCGGCGGCGGCAGCGCGGCAUCUGCGUCCUGAGCGGCAGCGGCUCAGUCACCAACGUCACCAUCCGUCAGCCCUCCGCCUCCGGAGCCGCCGUCACCCUCCAAGGGACCUUCGAGAUCCUCUCUCUCUCGGGCUCGUUUCUUCCUCCGCCUGCGCCGCCGGGAGCCACCAGCUUGACCAUAUUCCUAGCCGGAGGUCAAGGUCAGGUUGUCGGCGGCAGCGUGGUAGGCGAGCUCACAGCCGCGGGGCCGGUGAUUGUCAUGGCAGCCUCCUUCACUAAUGUCGCCUACGAGAGGCUUCCACUGGAAGAGGACGAGGGCCUAGGCGGCGGCGGCGGCGGAGGAGAGGCUGCCAACGGCGGAGGUAAUGUGUUCCCAGACGGCGGUGGUCUUCCGUUCUAUAAUUUUUCGAUGAAUAUGGCACCGAACCUGCAACUUCCGGUGGAGGGUUGGCCCGGGAAUACCGGAGGUAGAGGUCCGCCGUUCUGAUUAUAUGUAUGUCGUAUGUGUCUGUGUGCGUGUAUACAUAACACGGUGGAGGAGGAGCAAUUCUCCGGUGGUCGGAAAUGUGACAAGUUUGUUGAAGAGGAAAAGGAUAAAAAAAGGUUAGACAUCAUCUUGUUCUUGUUCUUUCUUUUUAGUGCGUGUUAAUUAGUCUUUAGGGUUUCUUUGUAGAAUUGUCUCAAUUUUCCUUUCUUCUUCUUCUGAUGGAUCAUCUUUUGGAUUAUGUGAACUCUUGUGUGAAGAUAGUCGCUUCAUGGUACAUGUUGAUUCACGGUGAAAUCAAUUCUUAUAUCCAUUGAUUA